UUCGGUUCCGUAGCGUGUUGCUAGCUGAGUGCAUUCUGGGGCUUGUGAUUUGUACGGUGGUCCACGCGGGAAAGGAAACUGUCGAUCAAGUGGAGCAAAACUCAAAGUGAUCUCACGGUGUGUAGGUGGUACGGGAAUUUUGCUCUAACGAAAAGAGUUUUACUCUGCGUCAAGAAACAAACCGUCCGCAAGUGAGGUGGUGUCUGUUCUAGAAUCAAUUACCAGUGACUGUUUAGAACGCAAACGAAGAUCUUCAAAAUGACGGAGGAAUUGCAGACCCAGCCACAGCCCCAAGCACAGGCCACGAUCCAGCCUCAGCCAAAGCCACGGCUUGGACCACAGGACUACAGGAACUCCGAGCUCGUCACCAAGUUCAUGGCCGCCAAUCCACCUUACCUAUACUCACCGGCCGUCGGGCCGCACAAUUUCUUCUUCAGCGAAAUGCUGCGCUCUCUGGUGGCCAACAAGCGGAACGAAAGUCUCCGCAAUGCUAGCGAGCAAUUACAUCACCAGCAACAGCAGCAACAGCAACAGCAGCAGCAGCAGCAGCAGCAGCAGCAACAACAUCAUCAAGCACAUGCUCAGGCUCAGCAUGUUCAGAAUCAUUUGGCAUUGCAGGCCGCAACAACACGCAGACCACGCAAACGAUCAUGGAGUCAGCAUCGCUACUAUCCGGAGAUUACACACAAGGAAGGCAAAGAUGGGGAUGAGCGCCCCGCAACGCACCCAGAGAAACCCCUGGAACUGACAAACAAGCUGGCGGUAUUCAAUAGCCGAAACAUUCCACACAUUGCUGCCGCUGGUGGAUCCGUUGGCACCAAACUCUUUCCCGAUGAGCCACAAGAGGCGUGUUUCAAAACUCCGGCGUAUCAUGAAAGGAAACAGGGCGAUUUGAAGCCAGCACCGGCAACGGUGGCCGAGAAGCCAACGAUCAAUAACUCGAAUCUACUACCGGAACCAUCUACCGGAUCGAUGCCUCCAUCGGAUUUGAUUCUUCCACCACCACCACCCGUCUGGUAUCCUCCGCUCUACCCUCCGUAUGGUAUCGAUCCGUUGCAUUUCUUCAUUGAUUUGCGCGUGUCCGGUCAUAUUUAUGAUCGCAAAAAGGAAUCCAACUCACCAGGGUCCGCUGGAUCCGACGGAUCGACACUGUCGGUCAAGAGUGAACACUCGAAGCUGAUCGGUACGGGUGCCGAUCGACAGGGAUCUGCUUUCAGUGUCCCCAAACCGCGCGAUACGACACAGACCGUCACUGGAACGCCAGGAGCGGAGGUUGGACCUUCUGCCAUUAAUCUGGUUACGCCUUUAGACGAAGGUGGUUCUGUGAUGGAUGGAAAUGAAGGAGAGCGGACGACGGAUGGACACCAAGCGUCCGUAGGGUUCGGUGGGGAUACGAAGAACGCACAUUAUGUGCUCCACAAUCUGCCACGUAUUUACGGUGAUUUGAAUGGUAAUCACAAGAUGGCCAAUGGUGGCAGAUGUUUGGCCGAGGAUGAGGAAACGAAUGGAAACUUGAGCGAUGAGCAAGAACAGGAUCCCGAGCCGGACAGCAAAUCCAUUGGCUCGAUCGAAGAUGCGACGGAUGAGGAGAAUAAGUACAGGGAUGUGGAUUUGAAUGUGAUUUCGGAUGAGGAAUCGAUUGCUGUGGAUGAAAAUUAGAAAUCUAGUUGGGGUGUAUUUGGGUGUUUUAAUUGGUUGUCACGUGGAGAAAAGUGUUGAAAUCA